GUCUUGGAGAAGUUAUACAUGAGAUCUCUCUCAUCUCUCAGGAGAAACAAGUCAGAUUCAGAUAGUUCAUCCUCUACUCAGGCUAGUCCUGUGAUAAUAAUCGAAGAGUCUGAACCUCUAGAGCAAACAUUUGCUAGAGCCUUACAAUGCAACUCAUCUUCAGGUUUAGAGGAUCGACCCCCGCAAGUUCUAGUUUCUGGCCCAGAAUGGGUUCUUCAUAAUCCCUCCUUAGUUCAGACUAUUAGCUUGGACUCGCCAGCUCUUGAAAUAGAUAUAAACGCUACUGCGUACAGGAACAGUAUGCAAGGGAAAGAACAUAUGAACCUGCAGGCCCUGGAUCCUAAUCUUGGACCUGUUCUCUUAUCCAUCAAAGAUAUUUCAUGUCAGGAGGGUUCUAAGAUGACUCACUUGAUAAUGAGACUUUCCUCCGGUACCUUCCAGCAGUACGUUAGAGAGGAGGAAGUAGAGGAACCGGAUUAUCUAGUCACGUGUGCCAGGAAAAUGUGUCCAGCUCUCAAUAUAGACUCCUUUAUGCCCGUUAUCAGCAGAAGAGCUAGUGUUCUCAUAGCUGAUUAUGACGAGAGAUCGUGUCUGUCUGAGAAUAAAUACAAGUUUGGAGUUCUAUACCAGGGUGCCAAGCAAAAUACAGAAGAAAGUAUUCUCUCAAAUACAACGCACACACCAGCUUUCCAGGAGUUUCUUAAUAUACUUGGAACAAGGGUUCAACUGAAAGGGUAUGAAGGAUACGCAGGUGGUUUGGACACAGUUCACAACCAGACUGGAACUGAGUCAAUUAGGGAUAUUUAUCCAAACUGUUGUAAUUUAUAAUUUCUACAAAUAUAAAAUAAAUUAAGUUUACUAUUUUUUUUGCGGAACGUUCGACCUCGAAAUGUUUACACUUCACAUUAAUAGAAUCUUUCGUAAAUGCUAAUUAUUUGUGAAAGUAAUUGAGUCUUUACCACAAGCUCUGACUUUCUUAUC